AUGAAGAACACCGGCCGCCGCGACGACGGUAUUGCAGCGGCCGCGUUCCUGAUCGCCGUUCUUCUCGUCGGAUGUCUCUUGACCUCCGUGCAUUGUGCUCGAGUGCCUACAGAUGUCACCGGAGAACGCGCGGCGGAGGUGACAUUGGGUCGACCUCUACCCUUUUGCUACAAGUCGUGUGGCAACGGGCGCUGUGACUUCUGCUGCGCGAGCGACUACACGCCGACGUUCUGCUGGGAUAGUGAAGCCAUGUGCAAGCACGAGUGCCAUCCGCCAUUCCACACAUGA